AUUCCUUCAAGGGUUUCUAUCUCAUCAAGAUGGUCGCUUGUUUAUAGUCUUGAUCAACAUGGUGCUAGUUUAAACACGUUAUACCAAAAGUGCAAAGAAUCUUCUGGACCGUGCUUACUUGUCAUACGCGACAGUUAUGGCGAGACCUUUGGAGCUUAUCUAACAGAGUCUAUUCAUAAGAAUUCUAGUUUUUAUGGCACAGGAGAGUGCUUUUUAUGGAAUAAACAAGCUCAGAAAGUGUGUCUCUAUAGCUGGACAAGCAAAAACAACCACAUGAUUUACUCUGAUCAAGAUAUAUUAGCCAUAGGAAAUGGCGAAGGCGGCUUUGGCCUUUGUCUUCACUCAGAUCUUCUUCAUGGUUAUACCGAACCAUGUGCCACAUUUGAUAAUCCUGCGUUAACUGUGACAAAUGCAUUUGAAUGCAUAGGUUUAGAAAUAUGGAGCUUCCUGUAUUAA